CGGAAGAAGAGGCGGACGAACAACUUUUGCUCCUGCUCCUUUCCUUUCAGCGCUUGAGCCGCAAAAGAGUCAGUAGUGUCCAUACCUUUGGAGGUGUUGCUACUCCGGACGAGCUGGCAAUUCCAGAAUCCACCUUCUAUUUCUAAACUUUGACAACGACCUGCCUGGCAACUUUUCGCCACCAAGUAUGACUCUUCAACACGCAUCUCCUGAACAACUCGUUAGCAUCCUGCAAGAGCUGAACGAGACCUCUGAAGAGAAGAGGAACGCUGCCUUGCAAAACAUCAAAAUAUGGCUUGUCUCUCAACCCCACUUGCCAAACAAAAUGGACGAACGGAUGAUAUUGUCCAUCAUAAGGGGCUGCAAACACGAUCUUACAAGGACCAAGUCGAAGCUGGAUAUGUACUUCACAAUGAGGGCAGACGCACCUGAACUCUUCAGCGAGCGAGACCCUCUCAACGAGGACGUGCAGGGCAUGUUCAAAACAAUGGACGUGUUCCCCUUGGAAAAUCUGACUCCAGCCGGAUGCCGAGUGACUUUUCACAAGUUCCGCGACACCGACCCGGCAUCCUUUACAGCGCGCGCGUGCUUCAAGUUCGUCUUUAUGCUUGGUGACAUCCGCAUGAUGGAGGAGCAGGCCAUCUCCGGCGACGUCUACCUUUUCGACAUGCAAGGCAUGACCUUUGGGCACCUAACCAGACUUGCGAUGCCCGUUCUUCGCAGAAUGCUCACGUGCGCUCAGGACGCUUAUCCGCAACGCUUGAAGCAGAUCCAUCUUUUCAACGUGCCCAACUACAUCGACAAGCUGCUGACGCUCUUCCGCUCGCUCAUGAAGGAGAAAAUGAGGAGCAGGUUCCAGGUCCAUUCAGGCCACGAAACUUUGCACAAACAUCUUCCACCCGAGUGCAUUCCCAACGAAUACGGCGGCUCAGCAGGCGAAGUUGAUGUCUUGAAAGCGUCUUGGAAGGCGAAAAUCGAGAGUUACCAGUCCUGGUUCCUGGAGCAGGAGCACGUGAAGGUGGUGGAGGGCAAGCGCCCCGGCAAGCAGAAGCAUCUCCUCGAGCAGGAUAAUAUUUACGGCUGGGAGGGCUCUUUUAGGAAGUUGGCCAUUGAUUAGCCUGCUCCAAUGUACGUGUAUGUGUGAGUGUUGAGUGCGUGCGUGCGUGUCUAUUUUUCUGGCCUAGUGUUGAGUUUUGCCCGAGGCUCUUCAGCCGAGAUUGCGCGGCCGUUUCUAAACGUGACGCAAUUUGGACGAGCCGCACGUCCAAAUUGAUUUGAGGAAGUCCAUCCAUCGUCCGGUUCUUUGUGUACGUGCACUAGACGAGCAGGCAUUGCACUACACAUGAAGCCAGAGACGUUUAUUGGACUUAAAGCAGAAGUACGCAAAUAGAAGGAAGAUGUUUCCGCACAUGCUGCAUUGUUUGCGCAGCUUCAAUCUCAAUUAUUUUUCCGAUAUGCGAGGCCCGCGGUUCGCCGAUACCCGCAUGACGAAAACGGUUAUUGAUAUAACCCGCUAAAUAUCUCGCCUUUCAUUUGCGUGCCAAAACAGAUACCUCAAGGGUACCAAAAAUGGGGUUAAUUGCAGCUUCCUCCCUCUCUGUCUUAUUUUGUGUUUGUCAAAUAAUGUGAUCUUUGUAAUAAAAGCGUUUGUUUUCUACUCUAA